AUGACUUUUCCAGAAAAGAUUGCUGGUGAUCCUGUUAUUAUUGACGAUGUGUGUGCCAUUUCCUUUGUACCGCAGUUUAAAGGUUGGUAUGCUGUAGUUGUUUAUAGUAUGGCUCCACGGCGUAUGAAAGUACGUGUGGACUUUACACAGUGUUCAAGAUAUUGUGUUUUUUAUCCUUUUGUCGGUGCGGUGUCUGUAGAAGAGAUGAUAGCUGAACUUACCAUCACACCGUAUCGAAUACGAAAUAUUGGAGUUGUGGGUCCCGAUAAGGAUAGUGGACUUUCCUCACGAACACUCUUAUUUACGCAAUUGAAGUAUAUUACACAUAUCUUUUUAGAGAAUGAAGAGGGUAAUAUGAUUCCAGCAAGUAAAUUUAGAAGGAAUGGAAAGUUGUUUUCAUCCUCUUCAGAAUCAGUACCUAAUUUCUCUUCCACUACAUUUGCAGAUACUUGGCCUGCGAGUUUUUCUAAUCUACGAGUGAAUGAUUUUAUCGUUAGUCGGCGAACAGAAACUAUUAUUCUCUCUUCUGCGGAUGCUUCUUCUUUAAAAGGUACAAAAAGAGGUUCUAGUGAAGGAUUGGAAGUUCCACAAGUUGUACUUUAUACAGAUGAAAUUGCGGAUGGUGCGGCCUAUCUUAUUAGUGUAGUAAGUAAGAGCAAAAUACCAUAUUCUCUUUUCUACCAGAUUCUGUAUAAUGGUGAAUUAUCAAAUAAAACUGUGGGAACAUCUACACUUCUUAGCAAUAGUAAAGAGAGGGAUGUAAAGGAGAUGAACUCAUCUACUUUUUACUUUGUGCCAAUGGAUGGAUGGGAGUGUGAGUCCAUAGAGGCAUUAACGGGAUAUUUACCCGGCAAUGGCGAUUUGGCACUUGGAUGGGUGGUGCGAAGAGAUGUAAGUGCAGAGAAUUCACAUCCUUCACUAUUGUAUCGUUGUACAGUCAUUCCUUGCGAACCAGAUAAUGGGCAACCGUAUUCACAACAAAUAACAGGAGAGACAAUAAGAAGAACAACAACUAUGAUGAAGAUAAAGAUGAUGAUGAUGAUAGAACAGAAGAAAGAGAUAUCUUUGAAUUACUAUGGUGGGAGAAUGGUAGAGGGAAAAUUGUCUUCAAGUCUACCACGAGAAUCAAAAUAUCUUCAUUCAAAGACAGGUACACCAAUAUCUACAAGAUCUAAACAUGAGAAACCGUCUAUUCAGGGUAAAGUGUUUUCGCGUCUUUCGGUAUCUCCGGGGAGUUCAAAUAAAAGAGUAACAGGAACUGUAAUGAAAGUGGAUUCAACAAAACAGAAAGUAAUGAAUCCUUCUGAAGAGCGAUGUAAUUUCUCACCAGAUCCUUUACCUUCUAGACGUUUGCUAAUGGAAGAGGCAUUUGUGAAUCCAGAGAGUUUAGGAGAGGAACUGUGUGAAUUGCGAGAAUCCUUAUGGAAGAAGAAAACUGAAACGGAGUUAAGUGAUAAAUAUCAUGAAAGUGUACAUGAUAUGGAGACACACUAUAUGCAAGAAUUACACAUGAGUCUGAAGAAUAUUCGUGCAGAGAUUGAAGCACAGAUUGAGGAAGAAGUAGAACGUCGUUUAUCCUCAUCAGAGAUGAUGAGACUCUCUCAACAGAGUCACCUUAUGGAAUCCCCGCAAACGACACCACAACAGAAUGAUGUGAAGAAUGAAAACAGUACAUUAAAUUCUACAGAAGAAAAAAAUUCUUCUUUAAUUCCAUCAUCUCCUGUUGCUAUUAUAUCAUCCACACUUCGACAAAUUGAAGUAAAUGAGAUGAUGGAUAGAAUUUCCAUUGAGGCAUCUGCCACCGCAGAGAGACGGUUUCUACUAAUGAACUGGCAACAACCAAAGUGUCUUAUUUGUGGAUUGCCGGUUCCAUCAUGGUCACUUUCUGUGCAGGAUCCAGUGAAUGGCAACAAGACACAUUUUUUAUGUUUUGCGGAAUUAAGAGAACACUUGUAUACACAAGAAUCCAAUGACGAAAGUAAUUUUUCUAUAAAUACGAGGGAUGGGCGGAGUUUUUCUAUGGAAACUCCUGGCUGA